UCCUCAUCCUUCUUCUUCUUCGGCCCUUGCUUUUUUUCUUCGUUUUUCUCUUCUUUCGUGAUCUCUCUCUGAUUAACAAUGUCGAUGGAGAAGGAGAGAGAGACCCAGGUUUACUUGGCUAAGCUUGCUGAACAGGCAGAGAGAUAUGAAGAAAUGGUCGAAUGCAUGAAGAAAGUAGCGAAGCUUGAUCUUGAGCUAACUGUUGAAGAGAGGAAUCUCCUAUCAGUUGGAUACAAAAAUGUCAUUGGUGCAAGGAGAGCCUCUUGGCGCAUAAUGUCCUCAAUCGAGCAGAAGGAAGAGUCUAAGGGUAAUGAGCACAAUGUUAAGCUGAUCAAGAGCUAUUGUCAAAAGGUUGAGGAGGAACUCUCAAAGAUUUGCAAUGACAUUCUCACAAUUAUAGACCAACAUCUGAUUCCCUCUUCCACCUCAGCAGAAGCUAAUGUUUUCUACUAUAAGAUGAAAGGUGAUUAUUUUCGAUAUCUUGCGGAGUUCAAAACUGACCAAGAAAGGAAAGAGGCAGCUGAGCAAUCGCUCAACGGAUAUGAAGCUGCUUCAGCAACUGCAAACACAGAUCUUCCACCAACGCAUCCAAUCCGUCUUGGACUUGCACUCAACUUUUCUGUGUUUUAUUAUGAGAUAAUAAACUCUCCUGAAAGGGCUUGCCAUUUAGCGAAACAAGCUUUUGACGAGGCAAUUGCAGAAUUAGACACAUUGAGUGAAGAAUCAUACAAGGAUAGCACUUUGAUCAUGCAGUUGUUGAGAGACAACCUAACUCUCUGGACCUCUGACUUACCUGAGGAUGGAGGCGAGGAUAACGUAAAAGCUGAAGAAGCCAAACCUGCUGAGACUAAGCAUUGAGAAGGGUCGUCUUCUUCUAUGGCCUACGCCAGGAUAGUCAGAUAUCCAAGGUUCUCUGCAAGGGAACAAAUUUUAGCUUUUCUUGCCAUAGGUUCGGACUGGAUUAUGUGGAUUGGUUAUGAAUUUUGUGUUCUCUUGACGUCUAACCAAGACAGAAGAU